AUGGAGACGCUCGUGCUCAAGUCGCUGAGCAAGCUGCGGCAAGCGUGUACCCGCAGCCACCGCGAGGUACGCGCCCUCAUCGACAGCUCGCAGGCAAAGGUGACGCAAGUGACCACCCAAGGGGGUACCCUCGACGUACCCUUUGAACCCUUUCUCCUGGCUUGCCUCACCCGCUCCGCCAAGCUCGUUGCCGUUGCUUUGGACUGUCUCGAGAAGUUCCUGGCGUUCGGGUACCUCAAGGACGCGGGUGUAGCCAUCUCCAACAGCGUGCGGCGUCGCCUCGUGCAAAAAGUCGCGGCAGCGUCAUCGUCAUCAAAUCCCGGCCGGCGACCGGGAUUUGGCUUGGGCUUGAGCUUGGGAUCUGGGAUUAGCGGGACGAGCGGGAUUGAUGGGACACGUGCGGGUCUGGCUGCUGCGACGCCGUUAAGUGGCGAGUGUGACGUCAUUGGAGGCGCUGGAGACGGCGCUGGCAGUGACGACGAGAGCGUGCGAGUGAUCGACUGCAUCGUGGACGUGGCGUGCGACUGCAGCGACCACUUGGACGACAACGUGCAGAUCCAAGUGCUGCGCGUGCUGCUCACGGCCGUGACGACGCCGGCGUGUGAAGUGCACGAACAGGCGCUUUUGCGAGCAGUGCGGGCGUGUUACCACGUGCACUUGGUGAGCAAAAGUGCGAUGACCCGGACAGUGGCCAAAGCCACGUUGCAGCAGAUUCUGAGCAUUGUGAUUCAAAGGAUGGAGACGUUUGAUCGACGGGUGGACGAAGAGACGGCUGUGACGUUGCUGGCGUCGCUGCAAAAGCACGAAUGUGAGCAACAACGAUGUGAUGGAGAAGCGGGAAACGAGCACAAACGAGGGGAACCAGUGCAACACAAGAGUGCCGCAUGCAAUAUCGAUCGAGACACGACUCGUCGGCUCGAGCGUGCUGAAGCGACGGCUACUAUGUAUCCGUCCGUUGCAGCACUGCUUGUGCUUUCGCGUGAAUCCGCAUGCUCGGAAGAUCCAGCAGCCUCGUUUACGACAACAAGGAAUAAUGUUGAGGUGGUGGCGCCUCAUUCGCAGCAAGGAUCUGCUCCUGCUUUCCCGUCUGUGCUGCACAAGGACGCGUUUCUGCUGUUCCGAUCACUUUGCCGAAUUUCCAUGCGGUCAGUGGCUGAUGAUUCUCCAACGACAAAUGACGUGAGCGUCUCCGUGGCUGGAAGAGCAGGAAACGGUGCUAAUCCUGAAGACCCUUUUGCGUUCCAAAGCAAAAUCCUGUCGCUGGAGCUGGUGAAAGACAUUUUGAAGAAUGCCGGUCCAUCGUUUCGACAAGGGGAGCGGUUCGUGCAUGUCAUACGGCAAUACCUUUGUCAGUCGUUACUGCAAAAUUGCACAAGCAACUAUACGCAGAUCGUGUCGUUGUCACUGCAAGUCUUCUUGGUAUUGUUGCGUAACUUCAAGCGCCAUUUGAAGACGGAGUUGGACAUUUUCAUUACGAGCAUUUUCCUGCGCUUACUGCAGUCCGAGAACGCCAGCUUCGAGCACAAACUGCUCGUACUGGAAGCUUUGCGUGCCAUAUGUGACGACCCGCCAACUAUAGGCGAAAUUUUUAUCAAUUACGAUUGCGAGUGGAAUACCAAUGACCUGUUCAAGCAGAUCGUGCAUGCGCUUGCUAAGACCGCUAAGGGCAGUCGCUCUCAAGACGCAGCAGCACAACAGUACGCUGCCAGCUUGUCGACCAGCGCGCGGAUCAAGAUGCAGCAGCAGGAUGCGGCUCUCGCCUUAAAGGGUCUCGAAUGCCUUACAGCAACUGCUGCAUCGUUAAAAAAGGCAGCGAAUUUCGUUGAAAUCGAACGACAAUACUCUUCCCGGCGCGAGGGAGAGCAGUUUCAUGAUGGCGAAAACGGUGAGGACGAAGACAAUGUUGCCCCGCCAGACUUGGUACCAAUUAUUUCAUCUACUAUGUCGGCAGUCGAGGCUUUCAAAAGCAAGAAGAAGCGCCAGGAAGAAAUGGCCACGGGAAUUCUCAAAUUUAAUGUGAAACCUAGUGCUGGCGUCGCGUAUCUUGUUGCUCACGGGCACAUGGGCGAAGGCUCGCCGCGUGAUGUCGCUGGAUUUUUACACAUGCACAACAAUAAGCUGGACAAAACGAUGGUAGGCGACUACCUUGGCAACGGCGUUCAUUAUCAGGGAGGUUUCUGUGUGCAAGUGCUGCACGAAUACGUGGAUAUGAUGGAAUUUACAGGUCUGGAGAUUGAUGUAGCUAUUCGCCAUUUUCUUGCUGGUUUCCGUCUACCCGGCGAAUCACAGAAGAUCGAUCGUAUGAUGGAAAAGUUUGCUGAGCGGUUCUUCAGUUCGUGUCCACCUGGAUUGUUUCCUAGCGCCGACACAGCUUUCAUCCUAGCCUUUUCCAUCAUUAUGCUGCAAACGGAUUUGCACAACCCAAGUAUUGCAGAGGAGAAAAAGAUGGACAAAGCCGGAUUUCUGCGCAACAACCGCGGCAUCAACGAUGGGAAGGAUUUACCUGAGGACUACAUGGGCGCUAUCUUCGACCGAAUAAAGGCGACACCUAUUUCUUUGAAGGAAGACGACGAUUUCCGCGGACGUCGUGGUGGUGUCGCAUCCACUGCUGCAAGCUCUCUGUUUGGAGCUUCAGGUGCAGCUACUGAUCGCUUGCGCCGUGACGCAUACAUCAAAGAGCGUCAGUCAAUGGUGCGCCAGUCUGAGGCUCUUUUUAAACGUCGCCUGCCGGCAUCGUCGCGAGGGCAACAACAAUCUUCCGCUUCUCCUCGCAGCAGCCGAUUCAGUGCUUCUACCACGCCUGGCUCUCCGACCUCUACCGCAUCGCAACAAAGUAGCAAUGCUGGGUCGACUCUUGUAAUACCAGAUGUGUCAUCGUUUGCGUUCCAGGAAGUCUCGGGGUAUAGCGAGCGUUCGCACGUCCGCCCAAUGUUCGAUACACUUUGGGCUCCGCUAUUAGCGGCAUGCUCGGUGACCUUUGAAAGUUCCGAGUCAGCAGAAGCUAUCCAGCUCUGUCUAGAUUCAUUCCGGCAUGCUGUGCAUCUCGCUGCUAGACUGGAUAUGCCAGCCGAGCGGAAUGCGUUCGUGAUGGUGUUGGCCAAAUUUACUGCACUACACACAACGCACUCACGCUUGAUGCGCUCGAAGAAUAUGGAGGCUAUCAAGGCUCUGAUCUCUAUCAGUGUCAAGGAUGGGAACUAUCUUGGUGAUUCAUGGCACGACGUGCUGCAGGCCAUAUCUCAGCUGGCUCGAAUUCAAACACAUGCACAGAGCUUACGCGAGCACUCGGCAUACGGGUCUGGUUCCAGUGACACACCUAACUCGAACCGGCAGCCUUCGCCUGGCGCGGGCAACCAGUCUGGUUCACGAAGCAGUAGUGGAAAUGUUGCGCCGUCGUUCGGUAUGCGUGGUUCUUCAGCAAACAGUAAGCGUGGUGGAGUAGGGUCGUCGCGGUUGUCUCCGUCGUUGUCUUACCGUGAUAUUGGUGGCCGUGGAGGCGGCUCUGAACUCGAUGAAGCCCAAAUUGAAGACGAGAAUGCUGCACGUGUGUUGACCGAGAUUGACCAGCUAGCAAGUGACCGCGUUUUUUCGAGCUCUGUGUCGCUUAGUGACCAAGCUCUGCAGGAGUUUGUCGUUCAACUUACCGUCGUAUCGCUAUCAGAGUGUUCUGGCAUUGGAUCGUCUGGAGGUGCAGGAGGCUCUCCUCCGCGUGUCUUCAGCUUGCAAAAGCUUGUUGAAGUAGCCGAUAUGAAUAUGCGAACACGCUCUCGUAUGGUGUGGGCAGCUACGUGGCAGACUUUAUCGAGGCACUUUACUACGAUCGGGUGCCAUGAGGACUUGACUGUUGGUAUGUACGCUAUCGAUUCGCUACGCCAGCUUAGCGUGAAGUUCCUCGAGCGAGCAGAACUUCGCGAUUUCAAUUUUCAGCGUCUGUUCUUGGCACCAUUUGAAGUGAUCAUGUCGAAUGCGACGUCUCUUGAAACCCGUGAACUGAUAUUGCGCUGCGUGGAAAACUUGGUGCUUGCUCGAGUCAGCAAUAUCCGUUCCGGAUGGAAGACAAUAUGGGGUGUGCUUCGUGUAGCUGCCGAGACGUAUGCGCCAGGUAGUGAAGACCGGGUAGUGCUUUUGGGCUUUCAGGUCGCGCGCGGCGUGUUAGAGCGUCACUUUGACAGCAUCGUCGAUGUGUUCGUUGAUGCAGUCGAGUGUCUUCUUGCUUUCGCAGUUUGCGGUUGUGAGGAGGUUGAGCACCAAAUGAAGGAGCGAAUUACGCUUACACAGCUCGGAGUAGAUUGUGUUUGGCUUUUACGAAGCGUCUGUAUCGAAAAAUUAGCGACUGGACGGGUAAUUGAGCCACUGACUGGUCGCGAAACUGCGGGAUCGUUUUCGGCUAGUUUAGCACCAGCCGCUGCUGCUAUGACCAAGGCCGUUCAUCUUGACUGCAAUAAAAUCAGGGUCGUAGCGGAUGAUCCUUCGGAUGUCAACAGCUGUGCUUGUGUGGAGUAUUGUGAACAGGAAGUUGAAGUCGCGAUAGAAGAGGAGAUAGCCGAGCUGCCACCGUCCAAGGUGUUACCAUCUGAUUUGUCCAUGUCAUCACACUGUCCGGGAGCUGAUUCUGAAGAGAUGAUGGAGGGAAAGUGUAUCGAAAGCAGUGAGGCUGUGUACAACGGCUCAGCUGCACAUACACGGAUGUGGUGGCCUACGCUGACAGCGCUAUCCGCGCUUGCUGCUGACCUUCGUCUGGACGUGCGUCUCGCAGCACUGGAAGUACUCUUUGACGCGUUAGAGAUGCACGGCAAGAAGUUCUCACCGGGUUUAUGGAAAUCGAUUUUCAAAGACAUCCUUAUACCCUUGCUAUUCGAGCUGCGCCACCUUGAGGUGUUUUUUGAGAAGGGUGCAUAUCCGUUGCCCAAGCUGCCGUUGCCGGUGACGCGCAAUUUGUCUAGUCAGAUGCCUCGCUACACCGCUAGUAAGACGACCGCGACGCUGUGUCUUGAGCGGCUGCUUGAGUGCUUCGGCCUUUUUUACGAUAUUGUGGGAUUUCUACCGGAAGUUCUGUUUUUACUUUGCAAGUUCAUGUCCGCCGGCGACAACGAGCAGCAGCUUGCAACAGCGUCAGCAAGUGCACUCGAGACUACGUUGAUCAGAUAUGGGCACAAGUUCCCAACGAGACAUUGGGGCCUCAUUGUUGACGAAUUGUGCAAUGCUAUGAAGCGUGCCGAACCGACGUGGAUAUUUUCUGCCUCACCUCCUGCGCACGAGGCUGAAAUGACUUCCGCUUCUGAGCCCGACGUCGGGAGUAGCAUUGAAAACUUUGCAGAACAGAGAGCACUGUCAUCGCCUGCACCGAGUCUACCUACGGCAGCAACCAACGCCUCGUCACCUCACCAGCCUUCACUCUUGGGAAUGUACCCUGGAGUCGUAGCGACGCUGGGCUUCUCGUUCGCUGCAAGCUUUUCGCUAAAGAUGGUCGGAGUGGGUGAGGUGGAAGCGCAGCGAGUGCCAUCGCGCUCGCACUUGGCAGUUCUAUUGACACUGCAGCGAUUAGCAGGAAAUGUGCUUGCCAACCGUCAGAGCAAAAAAUUGUCAAUAAGUGUCGGUCACGCUCGCUUGCUGUUGUCUUGCCUGCGUGAAAGCUUCAUGUUUGCGCGCAAGGUCAAUGACUCAUCAUCAUUGCGGCGUUACCUGCGCCACAUUGGGUGGCGCUAUGGGACGACUGUGCCAUCCUCCAGUGAGCUUCCGAGCUUGUUGCCGCAGGAAGUGCUGGGCAAGCAACAGUAUCUCCGGGUGUUAUUCGCCACAAUCAGUCAAAGCGUUGAUACCAGUGAAGUCGUGCCAAUUGGAGUGGAAGAAGCUCGCGAGUACAUGGCGCGCUUGGUACGAGACUCAGUAGAGGAAUACCUGGUCUGGACAGGUUCAGCUCCGCGACAAGUAUGUGAAAAUGGAACGGUUCCUGCCGAUGCCAAACAAAGGGUGGAAGGUCAUACGCCACUUAUGGUUGCAAUUCUGGAGGAGCUGGCCAGACUUGGCAGCCCAGAGCUCGAGCGCCACAUGUCAUGGUUGUAUCCUCUUUUGACAAACCUUGUAAUGGUGCCGGAUGUUGAGGUGCGAGUGGCACUCUCAAACGUGUUUAACACAGCAGUACGACAAUUACUGCGGAUCGCUUCAGUCAAGCAGGCAACGGACUGA